GGCAGAGGAAAUGGCUUUUAGAAGUCGGCUGGGCUGACCAUGGACUGGACGGAGGGGCGUGUGAUCUUUGCAUGUUUUCUGAGUUAUAUCUGUAUGACAUCGGCAGUUGAUGAGAGAAUCCACACUGAAGAUGUACAGGCGGAAUUUGGGGAGAGCGCCACUCUGGCGUGCCUUUUACAGACAUCGAAUGACGUGGCCCAAGUGACUUGGAAGAAGAUUGGGAAGGACGGUGACACUAACCUGGCAACAUACAUAAAGGGGAAAGGAGCCAGGGUGGACAAACCGUAUGCCGAUCGGCUGAAUGUCAGCAUGCCGGGGCUGAACAGGACAGCCAUCACUAUUUAUAAAGCCGAUUUGGAGGACGAAGGAUGCUACGUCUGUGUUUUCAAUGCCUUCCCGACAGGAGCCAAAGAGGGGCGUGUCUGUCUGACGAUUUCUGGUGAGGUGCUGAUAGAAAAGAACCAUAAAGUCAAGGUUGGUGAUGCUGUAACACUGAGAUGCUACCUGCGGAACCCAGAAAACGUCACACAAGUCUCCUGGGCGAAGAAUAAAGAGAACAUUGGGAUUUACAGAGACGGACCACCGAAGAUUGAAGAGAAGUAUCAGAAGAUGGUGCAUUUAUGUCGGGAGACUCCCCAUGUGUCGGCCCUCACCAUACGGAAAGCCGCCAUUAGUGAUGAAGGAGAAUACAAAUGUGUGUUCAACAGUUUCCCAAAGGGCUCCACACACGGGACAACCAAACUACGUGUCCACAGUUUUGCAAACCACCUCCAGCCUGAAAUCAUCACCCUGACUCUCACUCUUGUAUUGGCUCUUCUAUGGCUUUGGUGGUGAUAAUCAUCAUUGUGUAUGAAGAGGAAAUGCUGCGGAAUCACUAAUACUAAUUACCCAAUGAGCUGCCCGUCAGAGACAUUUAUAGCCUUAGAAAAUGCUGCUAGACAGACAAGGUGCUAUGGGACUACCAGAGAGUAGCGGCAGGUGAUGGUCCUAAGUCUGCAGAUAACAAUAGCCAAUGAGACUCUUGUAUUUUAUGAUGUUUUAACUUCUGCCUCGUAUACACGACCAGUAUUCCUGACGAGAAAACUGUGAUUUUUUCAAUUAGUCGGGAAAACCGGUCGUG